GCAGAUCAACUGGUCGAAGACGAGCUCCGAAGCUGUCAACGCAAAUGAAAUCGCUUUCUCUGGAUUGUCAAGAAAUGCCGCCAAGAAUCAACGCUGCAACUCGAAGUCCAAUGAGUUCGUUUGUUUUAGUCGUUACGGAGUCCAACGAUGGCAGAUCAAAAAUGAUGGGUGGCCAUCUUCGUGGCAAAACCGGCUCAUCAGAUUUAUCGGACUGGGAUCGCAGUUGCUCACCAUGCAACGGUAACAGCAGACGUGGGAGUGCUUCAGCAAAUCUAGCUGGCGGCUACAUAGUGAUUCAUGAGUACGCGCCUCCAAGUGGUGCUGCCCCACUAGUUCUUGGUGAACGGGUACAUGUUGUUGAUAAUGGCGACCCAGAUUGGCUUCAUGGCUUCCGAGAACACGAUAGGACGGAAAGGCUACUCUCGUUCCCGGCAACGUGCGUAGCUAUGAUGCUACCCGGUGAGCAAGCAAUGAAACUUCUGCAGAACGUCGCUGUGCCAGAAAUCAAGCUCCGACUUUAUAGGGAUCAGGUGGUAUUCGCUCAACCCGAUUCGCUACAUGAUGGUAAAGUGACGAUUCGUACCGCUCAUAAUGCAUUCGCUCCAUGUCCUUUGUCAAGUUUAGCUCUCGUCUAG